GCCAAAUAAUAGCUAUACUGCUUGUCAAAUAGAAAAAAAAGUAGAACAAUUAAAACUUCUUUAACUAAACAAGUAUUUGGUUUGGACAUUAAAUUUUGACUGGCUGGUCCAACGGUUAGAAGCAGAUGAAAAUAGCUGCAUACAAGUAGAUAAGUUAUACUCGGCCUACCAGUCGGAAUUGGAUGAAAAUUAUGUUCCUGUUACAAAACGAAUGCUAAUUGAACAGUUUACAAACAUAUUUCCAUCAACAGAAAAAAAGACACUUCAAACAAACUUGAAAAGUAGAGUUACCCAGUACAAAGGCGUCAAAUUGCUUGCUUUACAAACAUUACAAGAAGAAGCAUGCACCAUGUCUGACCUAGUGAAGUGUUUACCCCAUGAUGUUGCAAUUGUGGAAUGUACCUCAAGCCAUCUUAAAUGCUCCAUUGAUGCCAAUAUUAGAAGUAAUGGGAAUAACAUUUUCAAAGAGAUAACAUUUUUGGAAAAUGGUUUAUGGUCUUUGGAAAUAUCUGGUAAGGAAAUUGAGUUAGGCAACCUUUCUAUAUCGAACAGGUUCACAAAAAACAGCAAAGGCAUUGGUACUGUCCUGAAGAUUGUGAGCUUAAUCAGAUUAUGUGAAGGUGUCAUUAUCAACAAUAAAACAAUAAUGACCCGUUUCCACAUCCUUGAAAAUCUGGCUACUGGCACUGAAGCAUCAUCCAGAAUUUUGAGAUCUGUUCUAUGUAAUAGGGUUACUCCCUUAAAUUGUAAGACAAACACAUGCAUUAAGUGCCAAAGAAUGACUAAAACUGCUUCAUUACAAAAUGUACCAACAAUGGAAUAUCAAACGAAAUCUGACAUUUACUCAGAAGGUGAUGAGAUAGUUGACAAAUUAAAAAAAAUAAUACCAGGUGCAACUGGACAAAUGGUUCAACUAUUUUUAAGUCAGGCGUCAAAUGUAGAUAAAGACCCAAGAGGCAGGAGGUGGACUGAAGAAAUGAUAUCCAUUUGCCUCCAAUGGUACUGCAGAAGUCCACAUUCUUAUGAAUCUUUUAGGCAAAGUGGUUACCUAUUACUUCCAUCUAAAUCUACACUUAUCCAUUACAAAAAUAUUGUCAAACAGAAUGUGGGUUUUGACAGAAACAUCUUUACAUGGAUGCUUGAAGAGGCCACCAGGCAAAAACUUCCUCCAGAAGGGUUCUAUGGUGGUCUGAUAUUUGACGAAAUGUCAAUUCAAUCUGAUGUACAACUUUGUAAAAAUGGGGAUGUCAUUGAGUUAAUUGGUCUAGUGGAUCUUGGGGAAGAAGGAAAUAUGUCAAACACAUUGAGGAAAGGAAAAAAUGAGAAGAGUUUGGGGUCCCAUGCUUUACAGCUUGUCUUUCUAGGUGUAACAGGGUUCAGAUUUCCUGUUGCACAUUUUGUGUCAGGGGGAAUUCAGGCACCUGAGCUAUACCCCUUAUUCUGGGAGGCAGUGGAUCUCUUAAGAAUGUUCGGCUUUAACGUCUUGUACACAUGCAUGGAUGGGGCCCAGUGCAACCGCACAUUUAUGCACAUAAAUAACCUCAAUUCAAAUUUUGUUGCUUUAAGCCCUUGUUCAUUUUCCAGCAUGAUUUUCAUAAUGGACAGUUCUCAUGUCAUCAAAAAAAUAAGAAAUAAUCUGCUAAAAAGUGGGAUAUGCAAAUCUUCAACACGACUCCUUACUUUGACAACAAGUGACACUAUACAGUGGCUAAUGUUCAUUGAUUGUUACCAUUGGGACAAAGGAAAUGCAUUGCAAAUCCACAGAAAAUUAUCCAAUGAACAUUUUUUUCCGUCCACACAAUCAAAAAUGCGGAAUCAUUUAGCGGAUGAAGUUCUUAAUUCAGAUAUGCUUAACCUUAUGAUUCAGUAUCAAACACAUUUAGGUUCUAAAGGUGUAGUUUUAAAUGGGGCAAUUGAACUUCUAAGGUACACCAGUAAACUUGUCAGUUUUUUUAGAGACAUGCGUCCUGUAAAGCAAAUGAAUGAUACACGAUUGCAUGACUUGUUGAGUGUUGCAAAUUUCUUUGAUGAUUGGAAAACUGCCUCAUUGAAUAAUUCUUCAUUAAAGUCUGUUGAAAGGAAUAAACAAAUAAUGUCUAUUCAAUGUCAUGAAGACAUACAGUCUUGUAUACUGGGGAUGAUAGAUCUAUGUAAAGUGUAUCUCGGCAUGAAAUCUCUAGUGUAUAUUACACCAGGAUUAAUUAACUCGGAUGUUGUAGAAAAUACAUUUAAUCAACAGAGAUCCACAUACCAUGGAGCUAAUUCUAACCCUAAUGCAAUGCAGUAUAGAAAAGCACUCAAUAGCAUUGUGCUUGGUCAGGGAAUUAUUUCUCAAAAGGCAAAUGCUGGCAAAAAUCGUGCUACAGCUAUACCUUACAAUUUAGCACUAAGAAAAGGUACUUCUAAUAUCAGUAUGAAAACAACAUCCCAUGAAAAAAGCAAAGUAAAAGUGAUCAGAAUGUAAAGAUCAUGUUCUGUGUAAAUUUUGACCAGAUUUGUCAGAUAUUUAUUUUCCAAGAAUGUUUCAAUCCAUUAAUGUAUGGUUAUAAAUAAGCCUGUUAUAAUACAAUGAUUGUCUUAACCCUUUCAGUGCGGGAACCGAAUUUUG